CUCCUUCACCGUGCCCUACCGCUGCGUGAGACAGUACGUCCUGAAGCUCUGCACGCACUGCUGCUUAUAGCUGACUGACAACAUGGCUGUUCCUCCCGCAUAUGCCGACCUGGGCAAAUCUGCCAAGGACCUUUUCUCCAAGGGCUAUGGCUUUGGGCUUGUGAAACUGGACCUGAAGACAAAGUCCCAGAGUGGAGUUAUGGAGUUCAACACCUCGGGCUCCAGCAACACAGACACGGGCAAGGCCUCUGGGAACCUGGAGACCAAGUACAAGGUGAAGGACCUGGGCCUCAGCUUCAGCCAGAAGUGGAACACAGACAACACCCUGGCCACCGAGAUCACUCUGGAGGACCAGCUGGCUAAAGGCUUGAAGCUGACGUUCGACACAUCGUUUGUACCAAACACGGGCAAGAAGAGUGGCAAACUGAAGACAGGCUACAAGCGGGACUACAUCAACCUGGGCUGCGACGUCGACUUCGACUUCGCCGGCCCCACUGUGCACGCAGCGGCCGUGCUGGGCUAUGAGGGCUGGUUGGCCGGCUACCAGAUGGCCUUCGACACGGCCAAAUCCAAGCUGGCCCAGAACAACUUUGCACUGGGCUAUAAAGCUGCGGACUUCCAGCUGCACACCAAUGUGAAUGAUGGGACAGAGUUUGGCGGCUCCAUCUACCAGAAGGUGAACAACGAGUUGGAGACUGCGGUCACCCUGGCUUGGACGGCUGGCAGCAACAACACGCGCUUCGGCAUCGCCGCCAAGUACCAGCUGGACAAAGACGCCUCCCUGUCUGCCAAAAUCAACAACGCCAGUCUGGUUGGAGUGGGAUACACACAGAGCCUGCGACCAGGAGUGAAGCUCACGCUGUCCGCGCUCAUCGACGGCAAGAACUUCAACGCCGGGGGACACAAGGUGGGACUGGGCUUCGAGCUGGAGGCAUAGAGGCAGCAUGCGACAAACAGGAGACAGGAAACCCUGAAGCAAAGAAGAGCCGGGAAACAAGUCCCCGCGUCCCCUCAAGAGCCCACCAAACCAACCCCGGUCCUCUGCACUCCCCAAACACACACCACAGUUUUGGCCUUAACCCUCAAGUCCCUAUUACCCUUUUGACAACCCGUACUGUAGAAAAACAACAAAAAAAUCAAAAAACCUGCAAAGGCCCACAUUCUUUGCAGGUUACACACUGUCUCCAUAGUGAUGUCACUCCAUAUAAAUAUCCUUGUGUUGUCCUUGCCCUUGAAACAUAAGGGGUUACAAGAACACUCGUGUACAGUUUUUUUUUUUUUUUUCAUGACCAAGAUGGCGCUAUUCUCAAUUAUGUGUAGAACAUAUCCUUGUUUGUAGGGUGUUUUGCAUACUGAAAAUAGGUUUUGUCUCGUCAUUUCACCUGCCUGAAUUUUUCAAAUCCAGAUUGUGCAGAUGAGAUCAGAAAUGUUGUUUGUGCUAUCAGUUUACACCACGUAUCAGUGCAGCAAGUUGGGAGUCAGUAAUAUUAAGGGGUGACUUGUUUUUAAAUAAAGACAACUUUCAAUCAAUGCUCUUUUUUAGUUUUUGCAUAUGACCUGACACAGAGCAACCCCAGUGCAUUCACAGAUACAUAACACAGCUUGACUGAUGCCAUUUUCACUGUAAGAUUAAAUCACUGGGCUGCUGUGAAUUACUGGUAGUUUGAUGUGACAGUUAUAAAAUCUGGGCAGAGGAAGUGGAUGCUGACAUCAGAAGCUAUCGAUUAUUAUCAACCUAGCCACCAUCUCUCAGCCCACUUCCUAUUAGGGCUAUAUACAACAUACCUGCUUCCUGCUGAGUUGAGCACGCUUGAAUUCCUCAAAUGAAUGUCUGCACCUUGUCACAGACAAGUCCUCAGAGUCCUGAACACAAACACAUUGUGCUUUGUACCCUACAUGGCUAUAAUCACUACUGCUAAUCAUUGGUAUCAUUUUGAGUUGUGGGAAGGCUGAACUGCAUGUGGAUUUCACCCGUUCCUCUUAUGUUCUUUGUGUUUUUAUUUCUCCAUCUCUGCCAUGUCCGUCGACUCUGUUGUGUUGGGAGAGUAGGUUCUCAAAAAAAGAAGUGAAACCUCAAACUUUAAAGGAAUUCUGAUCACAAAAUAAAAAUGUUUAGACUUGAA